UCCCCCCAUGAGAUUCUCAUGAGAGCGCUCACCACACUCUGCCAGCUGCUUCACUCUGCACCUCCCCUCCGUGCAAGAUCCAGCGUCCGCCUCCGCGACGCCGUCCACCUCCUUCUCCGUCGAGGUCUUCGCUGGCGGCCGAUUAGCGCCCUCCUCUGGCUCAUACGACGGCUAUAUUAGGGGUCGGUUCUCAAGUCCAAGUUAAGAGUGCCCGUCCUCCGGAUCUGCUGCUGUAGAUAGGUUGCUCUACUUCACAAGGUACAUCUCCAACGCCAACUUCCACAAACACCAGUAACCGGCUGAGAUAACGUGUGCGUCCAAGCAUGGCCGCGGUCGUGACCGGAGCGAUGGGCACCCUCCUGCCCAAGCUCGCCAACCUGAUCACCAAGGAGUACAACCUUCACAAAGGUGUCAAAGGCGAGAUCAUGUUCCUCACAGCCGAGAUGGAGCAUAUGCAGGCGGCUCUACUUAAGAUUUCUGAGGCGCCUAUCGACCAGCCGCCGGACAUCCAAAUUAAGCUUUGGGCCAAGAAUGUGAGGGACCUGUCAUACGACCUUGAAGAUAACAUCGACAAGUUCAUGGUGCACAUCAAAACUCAUGGACAACCAGAGAAGUUGCACAACUUCAGAGAUUUCAUUGAUAAGUGCCUCAGCCUGCUGACCAAGGGCAAGAUUCGGCACAAGAUCGGCAUCGAUAUCAAAGACAUCAAGAGACGCAUCGAGGAGGUCAGGGAGCAGCGUGAUAGGUACAAGGUUGACAGUGUGGCCCCUGCCAAGCCAACUUGUCCAACUAUUGAUGCCCUUCGCCUAUCAACCUUGUAUAAAAAGGCCACGGAACUCGUUGGCAUUGACGAGAAGAGCCUUGAGGUAGUCAAUAUGCUAAAGGAGGGAGAUGAGGUUUCUGAGAAACAGCUCAAGGUGGUUUCUAUUGUUGGAUUCGGUGGAUUAGGCAAGACAACCCUUGCCAAUGCUGUGUAUAAGAAGAUGAAAGGGCAAGUUGAUAUUCAAACACAAAAACCGCAAUUUGAUUGUGCGGCUUUUAUUUCAGUGUCUCUUAAUCCUAACUUGAAGCGGAUUUUCAAGAGCUUGCUCCAUCAACUUGACAAGCACACGUACCAGAACAUUAAUGAGGCAUCAUGGGGCGAAGAACAGCUCAUUAGUGAGAUAAGAUCAUUCCUUGAAAACAAGAGGUACUUGAUUGUAGUUGAUGACAUAUGGGAUAAAUCCGUUUGGGAAAAUAUCAAGUUUGCGUUGAUUGGGAAUAAAUAUGGAAGUAGAGUAAUCACAACAACACGCGUUCUGGAUGUAGCCCAGCAAGCUGGUGGUGUAUAUCGGCUGAAAGCUCUUUCUGUUGUCGACUCAAGGAAGUUGUUCUACCAAAGAAUAUAUGAGAUGGAGAACAAGUCACCACCAAAUCAAUUGGUUAAAUUAUCUGAGAGCAUUUUAAAAAGAUGUGGGGGGGUUCCUCUAGCUAUCCUUACAAUAGGUAGCUUGCUGUCUAGUGAAAAGGGACGAGCACAUAUAUAUGAGUAUUGGUCCAACGUGUACAAAUCCAUCAGUUCGGGGUUAGGCAAUGGUCAUGAUGAUGUGAAGAACAUGAGGAGAAUAUUAUCUGUAAGUUACUCUGGCCGACCUCCACACCUAAAGACUUGUUUACUGCAUCUUAGUAUGUACCCAGAGGAUUAUGAGAUUGAAAAAGAACAAUUGAUUUGGAAAUGGGUGGGUGAAGGUUAUUUGCAAAAGGAACAAAGGAAGAGCUUGUAUGAUGUCGGAGUGGAUUACUUGGACGAGCUCAUCAAUAAGAGUUUGGUCCAACCUGUAAAAUUUGAUCAUGCAAAUAAAGUGCGCUCUUGUGGUCUCCACGAUAUGGUGCGUGACCUCAUCAUUUCCUUGGCCAAUGAGGAGAAUUUCCUAACAACAAUAGGUGGUCCGCAACCAGGGUAUCUACCAAGUAAAAUACGCCGACUGUCCGUCCAGACAAGCAUUGACGAAGUUACUAAUCAGCUGUCAACCAUGAGCUUUUCUUAUGUGAGGUCACUUACUGUGUCUGGUCCAGCUUUCAGUUUGUUGCCUGCAGUUUCUGGUUUUCCAGUCCUACGUGUGCUGGAUUUAACUGACUGCAAACAAGUGGAUAAUGGUCAUUGGAAGGAUAUAUGCAAUUUGUUUCACCUGAGGUAUUUGAGUUUAAAGGGUACAUCUAUCACUAAGAUCCCAAAAGGGAUUGGGAAUCUGCAAUUUCUACAAGUGCUGGACAUAAGGUCUACCAAAAUUGAAGAAGAGCUGCCGUCAAUCUUUAAUCAACUAACACAACUGUUGUUAGUCCACAUGCUUAAUAGCAUCGCUUGUGUGGUGCCAAGGUGGAUGUGCUCCCUGCGAUUCCUCUUCUCCCUAAGUAUUACACUGAAAACACUGGGAGAGGAGGACCUUCAAGUCCUUGGGAGCAUACCAUCUCUAGGUGAGCUGCACAUACAAGUGGAGAAACCAACACAAGGCAGAGACAAACGGUUGGUCAUUGGCAGUAGUUAUCCAUUUCUGUGUCUAAAGAGGUUCAUUGUCAAGAGUGGCCCCAUGGAAUUGCGCUUUGCACAAGGGGCCAUGCAAAGGCUUCAAACAAUUGGGUUAAUUUUUCCUGAUAUACAGGGCACAUUACUUCAGUUUGGUGAUUUCGUAUUGGGUUUAGAGAAUCUCUCUUCACUUGAGCACAUCAACGUUGUAUGCAACUAUAUCUUUGCAAUCGGCAAGGAGGUAGCAAAUGUGAGAACUGCAUUGGAGAAAGAGUGCAGUAUGAAUCCAAACAAGCCAAUACUGAAUUUCCCACCAAUAUUUCAGGAAGUAAUCGUGACCCAAGUGCGUGAGGCCGUCGAGGUUAGCAUGCGUAAGGCCCUGGAAAAAUUAUGUGGAGGUGAGCCAGCCGCCGAGGAAAUUGGUUGCAAAAAAGUAGCUGUGGAAGCUUAAAUAACGUGACUGUCUUUGCUAAUUGGGCUACCACCAGGAAAGGAAGCCAUCGACCUGGAGGAGAUAGCAUCAAGGCUCAACUGAAGUAGUCUACGUUCUCCUGUUCCUGUGCGCAUACUGCAUAACUGUAUUUUCCACGUUCCAAUUGUUUCUAUCUGCUUUUUAUGUUGGCAAUACACCCUAGCUAAUUGUAUUUCACGUGUUUGUAAGUUAUUGGACGAUAUGUUACCUUAUUAUUACUUGAAUAUUGUUUGUGAAUAUGUAUGUGCUAGGAUUAUCGAUUUGUUUGUAUCAA